CCGCCUCCCUCAGUGGCUGCCGUCUAGACGCCGUCUUCCAGCAUUCUUGAUCUGAGCCAGACUAGUUAGAAGUUUGGAGGGAGGAAACACGGCAGAGCAGAUCUGCGCCGCUUCCCGGAGACAACCGGUUUCUUCUCAGACUGCUGUCGGGAGCUCCGCUUUCCGUGCUGCAGCGGCCCUCAGUAGCAGCGAGUCACGUGAGCAGAGGUGCGAGGCCGUCGUGAGGAUGCCGUCGGUGUCGAUAUCUGGAGGCGUGGGCGGGCGGGCGCCGGCCGCGGCGCUGCUGGAUGACAGCGAGCGCGCCUUCGAGCGCGGCCUGGUCACCAGGUUCUCCGCCGAGUACGAGCAGCGACGCCGCCAGGAGGCCGCCGCCGCCACAGAGGCCGACGCCGCUGUCGCCGACGAGGCGGGCGAGGCGCCGCUCGUCGUGGAGCUGGCGGAGAUGUACGCGCGGGACAACGCGCGCUCGCACCACACGGACCAGUACGAGCUGGUGCAGUUCGGCACGCCCGUGCUGCGCCGCGGACUGCCCUUCUUCGUCGCGCUGCGCUUCACCAGGCCCUUCGACGACGCCGCGGACGUGCUGCGCCUGCAGUUCAACUUCGGUCCGCAGCCAUCCGUGACGAAAGGCACGUGCGUGAUCCUGCCGGUGACGCAGCAGCAGUCGCUGAACGACGACAAGCGCCUCUGGGAUGUCAAGGUGCACCACCAGGACGGGACCACGCUCACUCUGCAGGUGCAGAUAUCGACGGUGGCGCCGGUGGGCGUGUGGCGGUGCGUAGUUCAGAGUAGCAGGGCGGACCGCCGUGACGUCAGACGCAGCUACGAGCACGACACGGACGUGUACGUGCUCUUCAACCCCUGGUGCAAAGAGGACCAGGUGCACCUGGAGAAGGAGGAGCUGCGGCGCGAGUACGUGCUGGCGGACACGGGCAAGGUGUGGCUGGGCUCGGCGCGCCGGCCGCGCGGCCGCCGCUGGGUGUUCGGCCAGUUCGACGACGCCGUACUGCCCGCCGUGGCGCUGCUGCUCGAGAGGGCGGCGCUGCCGCACGCGCUGCGCGGGGACCCGGUCGCCGUCGCCAGGGCCAUCUCCGCCGUGGUGAACAGCAACGAUGACCGCGGGCUGCUGUGGGGCCGGUGGCGCGGGCCGUACGCGGAGGGCACGGCGCCGCACGCUUGGACGGGCAGCGUCGCCAUCCUGGAGCAGUACCUGCGCUCUGGUGGCCGGCCCGUGCGUUACGGCCAGUGCUGGGUCUUUUCCGCCGCCACCGUCACAGUGUGCCGGGCGCUGGGUCUGCCGUGCCGCUCCAUCACCAAUUACGUGUCGGCGCACGACACGAACCGCUCGCUGACGCUGGACAAGUACUUCACCAGAGACGGCGAGCAGAUGGCGUGCGGCCCUGGCGGCUGCCGGCCCGACAUCUGCUGGAACUUCCACGUCUGGAACGAGGUCUGGAUGCAGCGGCCCGACCUGCCGCCAGGAUACGGCGGCUGGCAGGUCAUCGACGCCACUCCACAAGAGAAGAGCGACGAGCGCUACCGCUGCGGCCCUGCGUCUGUGGAGGCGGUGAAGCGCGGCGAGGUGGGCUACCAGUACGACGCGCCCUUCGUCUUCUCGGAGGUCAACGCAGACCUCUGCCACUUCAUAGAGGACAACACUUCCGAGUGGGGCUUCUCCAGGCUCUCCAUCAACCAGUAUCAUGUUGGACAGCGUAUUGUGACGAAAAGUGCAGAGAAAGACGAUGACGAGGGCGACACGGAUCUGGAGGACAUCACUAGUCAGUACAAGGACCCUGAAGGUUCGCACGAGGAGCGCCUGGCCGUGCUGAACGCGGCGCGCUUCCUGCCCAUGGCGCGCUGCCACUACGAGCUGCCGUCCACCGAGAACCACGACGUCGCCUUCGACCUCGUCGAGAUCGAGAACGUCCAGCUGGGGCACGCUUUCAGCGUCACUGUCCACAUACACAACAAGGCGGAAGAGCAGCGCACCAUCACGGCCAUCCUGUCCGCGUGCUCCGUGCUCUACACCGGCGCCACCGCACACAGGCUGAAGCGCGCCAACGGCGAGUUCAUCAUACAGGGCGGACAGCGCGAGAUACUUCGUAUCCAGAUAAUGCCCCAAGAGUACCUGGACAAGCUCGUGGACCACAACCUGGUCAAGAUAUACGCCAUCGCCAGUGUGAAGGAGACGCGUCAGACCUGGAGCGAGGAGGAUGACUUCCCCUUCAUCAACCCCAAACUGAGCAUACAGAUCCGCGGCAGCUGCCAGGUGGGCCAGACCAGCCAGGCGACGUUCACGUUCCAGAACCCACUCAACAGGCUGCUCACCGACUGUACCUUCACCAUUGAGGGGCCAGGCCUCAACCGACCAAAAGUCAUCCCAUUUAGGGACGUGAAGCCGGGAGAGCUGGUGUCUUUCACGGAGACGUUCCGGCCGCGCAAGGUGGGCGACCGCAAGCUGGUGGCGACGUUCUGCUCGCAGCAGCUGCCGGAGGUGAGCGGCGCCGCCACGGUCAGCGUGCAGCCCUAG